AUUACUUUACGCCUGGAAUUAUUUGAAUCAUGGAGAAGCAAAGUGUGAAUAAACGAAGUCAAAAAUAGGACUACAAUCUCAAAAGAUCGACUUCAUGUCUUCCAUCGCCUACGACCUCUUUGAAGCUGCACCCAGUUGGGUUCGCCUUUCCAUUGUUCUCGGUUUGAGUUAUUCGGCAUAUCUGGCAUGGUCUGCUGUUGUUCGCUUCAAUCGCGAAUGGAAGGUGGCGAGCCGUAUUCUUGACGAAAGGCGUAAAGCUGGGAUCCCCGAUACUGAUAAACGCCCUUUCAGAAUUGCGAAGGCUGCAGUAGAUGCCACGAGAUCUUCCUCAGACCAUACUUUGAAACACAGAGUUACCUUCAGUUCAGAUUUGCAUGACGGACUUCAAUCCUCGCAGAGCUCUCCCAACAACACUCGGGAGGAGGGAUUGGAAAGAACGAAUGUGUCUUCAACUUCAAGAUCCAAAGCUCGCCGUCGAUCAUCUCUCGCCCCACGAACAUCUACCACGUCAGAUUCCAAAGCUCCUGGAAGCUCUCGUAUCAAUUCUCCCUCCAGUCCAGCAUCCGUAGCGCCAUUGGAUCCUCAUCAAAAAUCGGACCAGCCAUCGCGCUUGAAGCACAAACGAGCAUAUGCUCCAUCGGAAUACGCUCCAUCAGAAUUAUCUCAUUGCGGAAGUCCUGACAUCAUUUCUCAAACUAGGACAACCAAGAAAGUGAAAACCAAAUCCACGUUGAAAUCCCCUAAUAAGCGUGGCCUUCCGAGCACAGCUGAAAUCAACCGAAAGAAAACCAAACUUUCACUCCCGGGCGAUCUUAGCAUCCAGGAAGGGCCAGCCGAAGAUGGAUACGGGAGUCAGGAGGAGGAUAGUCAUAUGACCGAGAUCGAGAAGGGUCGGAAGAGGAUACUCUCUCAAGCUGUUAGUGAAGCAGAGCUAUCUCACGAGCUGAAAAACAAGAGAGGCAAAUCAGCGAGGCAGCCAGAUGAUGACGAGCUCGAACGAGAGCAGACCGACAUGAACGAUUUGCCUCCGUCUGAUGGUGACAAAAUGCAAGAGGAUGACUCGCUGGAAGUUGAUCAAGAUGUAUUUAUGAUUGCGGAGAAUGGACAAAGGAAGAAAUUGAUCACCAUCAAACCUCUUUCAGAUAAUCAAAGUGAUCAACAAAUUGAGGAAGACUCUACUGAACGCCGAUGGGUCACUCGUUCUGAAUUCGAAAGACUCAAACGAACAGCUCCAUUGACCGCCAAGUUACGCACUAGUGCACGUCCUAGAAACUCUCUUGGCCGCAUGCGACUCAGUUUACCUCCGGAUCCUGUCUCUCCCGCUCGACGCUCCCGCUCUAAGAUAAAUUCCUUGCUUCAAGAUGAUCGAUACAUUGACGAUAGAACUUCUGGUGAAAGUCAACUUGCCAUUCAAUCCACGAGCGAAGAGCAAGCGCGUCAGCCUAGCCCGAACGCCGAGGUAUCUGGCCGUGCAGCCCAACUCUCCUCACCAUCUGAGACUCUUAAUACUAACCCCGUCUCAACGCCCCAGCCUCAGCAGUUGCACCCUUCAUCUACAACGGGACAUGCUUCUACCACUUCCACGGCUUUCAAUGUGGGCACGGCUGCUUCCAAACAGCAGGCCCCCAGCGGUGCAGUGCAGACGGGCAAUAGCAACACGUCACUAUUUGCGCCCAAAGCCACAAACAGUUUUUCUUUUGGCUCCGCACCACCGCAGCAUGACAAAGCACCCCCGAGCGUGUCUCUAUCAGAAGUAAGCAAGACGCAGCCACCUGCCUCUUCGUCACCCUUUUCGUUUGGAGCCGUUGCAGCGAACACGGGGUCGAUCGCCAGCCAGCCUCUUUUUGGGAAUACCAAUGCGAGUUCAGCAUCCUCGAGUUUCGCCCAAUCUACUCAGUUCAGUACCUCAGAAACUCUGCCCAAGACUGUAGCGGUGGCGCCUAAAGUGGAUCUACCCAAGCCGUCACCCUUUGCAUUCAACUCUAUUUCCUCGCCGGCACCAGUCAAAGAAAAGUCGAUAUUCCAAUCCUCUGAAUCCUCUUCAGCUUUCAGCUUCAAAUCAACCAAUAGUCCAGGUGGGGAUAAAGCGGACAAACCUGGGUUCUCCGCCGGUACUUCACAACUUCCACCCCCUCAACCUACUACCAAGCCCGCUGCAUCAUCCUUUUCGCCAUUCGGAGCAUCCACCACGCCAUUCAGUUUCCAGACCGGCCAGCCGAGCACAAAGACAGACAACAUUAAACAACUUGCCCGAAGCUCCGAUCCAAUCUCUGGUGCAUCUCCGGGCCACAAGGCCGACGCGAUAUCACACAAUAACGACACUAGCGUUAAGUCAAACACAAUAAGUACAACAUCGAAUUUUUCGUUUGGUCCUAAAUCUACCACUGAUCCAUCUUCAAGUAAACAGAUACCUAUAGAUGCUAAUGCCAUAUCGGCUACAUCUGCAUCUCUCUCUGGUUCCGGUUCUGACUCGUCCUUGACUCUUGAAAACGAUAGUCCAUCCCAGGAGGUUAGCGUUAGCCAAGAAAAGUCAGGCUCAACAGCUGGUCAGGAAAGUACACCAGGAAGGAGAACGGCCAGGUUGAAGUCUAAUCGCCUUACAGCAGGCCCGCAAAGGGUACUAGCCAAUGCGAUGUCUAAUGUGGGUAAACAAGUGGGCUUAUCUACCGCGAAACCGCUUCAGAAUGAACCGAACAAAUCCACCGAAACAAUUGCUGAAGAAGCUGAACCUGCUACAAGUUCAACUGAAGAUGGCGCGACCAAAGUAAGCACCUCAGGUGACCUCGCUCGUCCCAAUGGGUUCGGUAAUGGUAAGUAA